CAAAACUCCCACGUGACAGCCGGUGGGAAGAAGCUGCUGUCAUGGCGUCUCCCAGCGCAAGGGGAGCCCCGAGCUGGCAGCAUCUGGCGGCGGGAGGAGGAGGGGGGAGCCCCCGCAGAGGGACGGAGCUGGUGGACUCCGUGGAUGACGCCGAGGGGCUGUACGUGGCGGUGGAGCGCUGCCCGCUCUGUAACACCACCCGCCGGAGGCUGACCUGCGCCAAGUGCGUCCAGAGCGGCGACUUCAUCUUCUUCGACGGGAGGAACACUGAGAGGUUUGCAGACAAGAGGGAGAGAUUAAACCGCUUAAGGGAAACGCAGCUGGAUUUUCAGAAACAGGUGGCAUCAGUCGUAGAAGGCAAGCAGGCAGCAGAUAAGCUGAAAUGGAAGAUCAUGUCUUGCAAGAUGAGGAUUGAACAGCUGAAGCAAAGCAUAUGGAUUGGCAACGAGGAGAUUGCAAAGAAUUCUGAACUUCUUUCCAAGUCUAAAAAGUACAACCAAGAACUUUACCUCAGGAGUCAUAGGCAUCAGGAGAAGAAGGAGAAGAUUCAGAGGAGGAACCAUAAGCUCAGCGUGGUAGUGGAGAAAAGGAACAAAGAUUUAAAGAGCCGACACGCAGAGUUGGCAAGUCUUCGGCGGUCACAUAUCCUGGAGCUGACUUCAGUUAUAUUCCCCAUAGGGGAAGUCAAAAAUGUAACAAGGGAUCCGGACGAUGUCUCAUUUGAGAACGACAAUGCAAUGACCUCUAGCACUGUGAGUAAACUGGCCGAAGCCCGCAGGACCACUUACCUUUCUGGACGAUGGGUGUGUGAUGAUCACAACGGAGAUAGCAGCAUUAGUAUCGCCGGACCCUGGAUCACUCUGCCCAACAAUGGGGAUUACUCUGCGUACUACAACUGGGUGGAGGAGAAGAAGACCACGCCCGGGCCUGACAUGGAACACAAUAAUCCGGCGUACACGAUCAGCGCAGCGUUAUGCUAUGCAACGCAGCUCGUCAACACUCUGUCACAUAUAUUAAAUGUCAGCCUUCCACGAAAGCUGUAUAAUAGUGAAUUUUGUGGUGAGAAUUUGAGCCGGUGGAAGUUUAAUCGUGCAGUGAAUAAGCUGAACUCCAACAUCCUCUACCUGUGCUUUUCUCAGCACGUGGACUUGGAUCUUCUGCAUCCACUACAUACUCUCAGGAACCUCAUGUACUUGGUUAGUUCAGACAGUGAAAACCUGGGCAGGUCUGGACCUUUUGAAAUUAGCGCCGAUCUUGAAGACUCUAUGGAAUUCGUAGAUCCCAGCGGGGCUGGCGAGAGCGAUGAAAGUGGAGAUGAGCACAUAAGCGAUGAAGAGACAGACCUCGGCACUGACUGGGAAAAUCUACCGAGUCCCAAGUUUUGCGACAUCCCCUCCCAACCAGCGGAGAUGCAGGAGAGCGAGAGCACCAUGAUGUCUCAGCCCAUCGCCAGCAGCAGCGCUGGGGGCAUGAUCUCCUCUGCCGCCGCCUCCGUCACCUCCUGGUUGAAGGCAUACACCGGACAUCGCUGACUUAGCUCUGCAGGACACACACAUGGCAUUACCUCUCCUGUCACUGACUUUUUUUUUACACAGGCAAGAUAAGUAGUUUGGCUCAUGUCAGAGAACAAAAACUUUCUAUAGGCCUUUUUGUUUUUGUGCACAGAUGGGACGACACAGAUUACCGCUUGGUUUCAUAAUUGGUGAUGUAUCCUUUGCUCUCCAUGUGCUGCCUACCUGCACCUGACCCAGGAGUGCUGAACAUGUCGUAGAAGUUUUUAGUGGUUUUUUUUUAUCUCCUCCCCUAAAUUUACACAAUUUCAAAUGCAAUGUGAACAGAGCCCUUUUAGACAUGAUCACUUUUUCUAAAAUAAGCCCUGGGUAGCAGAAUGGGUGCACUCAUGGCAGCCAACCUAAAGGAAAGAAGAGGAUCAUGUUGCUUAGGUUUAGGUGAGCAGCUUCUUCCAGGUUUACUCCUCAGCUAGUGCCUCACGUUACCUGCACCAAAAUCCCUCUAGCAAAAGCCAGUUGUGUUUGGCCGUGUGCACGGAGCACAGUGAGAUGUCGGGGGUCAUAGAUUGAUGGCACAGCCAGGGUAUUCCAUAUGUAAAGGAACAGAACUCGCAGCUUCAUAUGGAUCUGGGUGUUAAAGGGAAUAUGCCCGUCUGCACGAUGUCUUAGAUUUGCAACUGUUGCAUGAUGCCGAUUGAUUUUGAUUCACAAGAAUACAAUAGUUCUUAAUCAUGGAACCCACUUUUUUGAUCAGUUUUGUCAAAAAAAUAUUUAAAAUUGCAUUUUGAUUUUUUUUUUUUUUUUUUACUCCACUCUGUCUUUAAAAUGUACUAUAGCAUUUUUAUGGUUGUAUUCCUUAAAGGGGUAUUCUAGCUUCAGGAACUGGCCAGUACUGUGCUGUACCCAAACAAAUCUACUUACCUGCUGCCUUCCAGUUUCAGGACUGUACACAUCUGGUCCAAUCAGUGGUCUCCUCUGUGACUUGACCCAACAGUGCCAUGACUCCGUUCGGAUGUGUCCAGACCUUGGACUGGAAGCAUGGCAGGGAGCAGGUGAGAGGAUUUCUUUGUUUAGGUAGUUUGGUACACAAGUUGGAAUUUCUCCUCAAAAUACAUAUUUGGAUUGUAGUGGAAUGAGGAAUAGAUAAGUCUAGAAUAAAUUUACAUAAACUGUAAUGAACUGUACUGUCCCCUACAUCCUUAUGCAUUUUCCCAGGCCGCCUGGAGCGACAAGUAUGCCAUCAUGAAUGGCCACAAUGAACUUGGUGUCUGCCUCUUCCCCUAGUGGGAGGAGUUAUGUGCCAAGUAACUUGUCCCUCCCACGAGGACUGGUGCCUUACACCCAGCUCAGCAACAGUAGUAGAGGGAUGAUGAGUGUGGGGGAUGCCAGAUAUUAUUUGCAAUGUCUCUCGAGGGAAUUUUAUUUUAUUUUUUAACUCCUCCACUAUGUAAAUACUUGUAAAGGAUCUGAUUUUAUUUUUAUAGCUGUUCUUUUUAUUUGCAGCUAGCACCACGUUUCACGAUAAUGGGACGUUUGCUUUCUAUGGUUAUUCUGUAGAUAACGUCUUUGUCCUCUGAACCUUAGGUACGUUGUAGCGUGUGGUGCAGAUUGUGAAGGCUGCGCCAUAUCCAAGCUUCUGCCUUAGGUACCAGCACUCAGGGUUGUAAACUGCAGCCACCUGUCAGUCAGGUGCUAGACUGGGGCUGGAAACUUUGCAGCACUCCAUCUGUUGCUGGACUACGCUUCCCUUUAUGCUUUUCCCGAGAUUUUAAACUUCUCUCCUAUUCACAAGAUAGGUGGAACCCCUACUGAUCACAAGAACUGGUGUCCUGGGUUCCCCUGUAUGGAGCAUCAGUCAAGCAUGCGCACACCCCUCCAUGAGAGAAGCAAAGUAUAGCACUUGGCUAGUCCCGUAGACCUAAAUGGAGUGGCGGCGUGCAUGCUUGACCUCUGCCCCAUUUCAUAUGAGGAAGAACAGAACCCCCAGUGAUUGGGAGGAGGUCUCAGCUGGUUGGUCCCCCAGCGGUCAGACUCUAUCCUCUAACCAGUGGAUAGGGGGGGGGGGGGGGGGGGGGGGGGAAUAAGUUUAAACCUUGGGAAAACCCCUUUAAAAUUAUCCCAGCACAUGUAGUUCGAUCACAGCUGGAGCGCCGAGGGGUGACAGGCCUAGCGCUAGAUCUAUCCAAUGAAUCUGGCUUGUAGGCGCUAUAAAAAAUGCUAGCAUGUCAUCUUCACGUUGGCUGUAGUCCCGAUACUGUGUGACAUGUCAUCGAUGAUGUCUCUGCUCGUUUAACUCUGCAAUAAAGUAUUUAUUUCCACCUUUGAUAGGA